CCCUCGUCUGUUUUUGCAACUCUGUUCUGCAACUUAUUUGCAAAAGCACAACACAAAAUCAGUUUUUUACUUGCGAUUAUUUCUAAUAUUUUCACAGAAUUGAACAAUGGAUUCUCAUAUAGUUCAUCCUCAUGAUCAGGAGUACAACAGGGACCCCCAACAUCUUGGUACACACCAAGGCGAAGAUGAGGAUCACCAUGAGAAGAAGUCGGUUUUGAAGAAGAUGAAGGAGAAGGCAAAGAAGAUAAAGGACACGCUCAAAAAGCCUGGCCAUGGCCAUGAUCAUCAGGAAGGUCAUAUCCCUGAUGAUCAUGAUCUGGAUGAGGAGGAAGAUGAAGAAGACGAAGACGCAGAAAAGCAUGGUGCAACAUCAAUUAAGAGCGGUGUUCCUGAGCAAGGAGACAUUUUGAAGGUGCCUCUGGUCAAAUUUGGAGACACCAAAGCCAAGCAUGAUGAUCCUGUAGGGUCAAAUCCGGAGAGGACCGACGUCAAAAUUAGUGAUCCCAUGAGGGAUUAUGUGCAACCAGAACCAGGGGUGAUGCUAAUGCAUGAUGAUGUUCUUGAGCCAAUGGAUUACAGUGGCUCGACAAUGGGAUCUGUUCUUGGUGAGCAUGAAGAAAUUUCAGGGCAACCCCAUGUUAAUUUUGGAAGAACAUCAGAAAUGGGGGGAGGACUUCAUGCCCCACAGAAUGCCCCUGUUUCUUCUUUGGGAGAGUACCAGUCCAAGGUCACUGACCCAAGCCAAACUUCUGCUCAUGGGAAGGAAGGGCAUUUAGGUCAAUCCAGGGUGGACACCACCCCUGUUUCUUCUUUGGAAGAGUACAAGUCCAAGGUCACUGACCCAAGUCAAACUUUUGCUCAUGGGAAGGAAGGGCAUUUAGGUCAAUCCAGGGUGGACACCACCCCUGUUUCUUCUUUGGAAGAGUACAAGUCCAAGGUCACUGACCCAAGUCAAACUUUUGCUCAUGGGAAGGAAGGGCAUUUAGGUCAAUCCAGGGUGGACACCACCCCUGUUUCUUCUUUGGAAGAGUACAAGUCCAAGGUCACUGACCCAAGUCAAACUUUUGCUCAUGGGAAGGAAGGGCAUUUAGGUCAAUCCAGGGUGGACACCACCCCUGUUUCUUCUUUGGAAGAGUACAAGUCCAAGGUCACUGACCCAAGUCAAACUUUUGCUCAUGGGAAGGAAGGGCAUUUAGGUCAAUCCAGGGUGGACACCACCCCUGUUUCUUCUUUGGAAGAGUACAAGUCCAAGGUCACUGACCCAAGUCAAACUUUUGCUCAUGGGAAGGAAGGGCAUUUAGGUCAAUCCGGGGUGGACACCGCCCCUGUUUCUUCUUUGGAAACUUUUGCUUCUGGGAACGAAGGGCAUUUAGGGCAAUCCAGGGUCAAUUUGGAGCGACCAAGAGGAUUGGAAGAGGAUCCUUACCCACAGGCUUAUACUCCUUCAAAUUAUCAGAACAAAGUCACUGAUCCAACUAAUGCAGGUGGUGAAGAAGUAGGAAUUACACCAAUUCUUCACUCCCUUGAUAAGAUGAAUAUCCAUGAUGGAACUGAGCAGAGCAGCUACACAGACAAAAUUCCUUCUGCCCCAUCUGCUAUUGCUGACAAGGCAAUCUCUGCAAAAAAUGUUGUUGGUUCCAAGCUGGGAUAUGGGGGGAACAAUGAUCAACAUGGAGAUAUUAAGCCUCAGGCUUGUACUGCUUCAAGUAAUGCAGGUGGUGGUGAUGAACAAAAACCACACCAAAAUCUGAGCACUGGAAGCCAUGACCAGUUUUCUGCUGAGAGACCAUCAAACCAGAGCAGCACCUAUACUGAGAAAAUUUCAUCUGCCACAUCUGCUAUAGCCGACAAGGCAAUAUCUGCUAAGAACGUCGUCGCUUCCAAACUCGGGUAUGGAGGGAACAAUGAUGAUGAUCAUCAUCAGGAGGUUACAGCAAAGCCUGGUGGAUCAACGUCGCCUGAACCGCAUGGCAAAGGAGUUUCACAAAGCAAAGCCGGCCUAGACAAAGGAGUUUCUGUGAAGGACUAUUUUGCUGAGAAGUUGAAGCCUAGCGAGGAGGACAGGGCUCUUUCUGAGGUGAUAUCAGAAGCUCUGCAUAAGCCCAAGGCAGAGGACUCUGCUCGGCCUUUGGGGAAGGUGACCGAGUCGGAGGAGGUGACGAGGCGCUUGGGUCCAGAUUGUGGAAUUGAGAGGGUUGAGCAAUCUAGCUAUGGGAAGAUUGUUUCUGAUGCGGUUAAAGGCGCUGUUGGUUCACUGUUUGGGAAAAUUGAUGAAAACCCUUCUUCUCAGCAGUCCACUGGUUCUUCAACCGGUGGUACAGAUGGUUUCUCUAGUUCCGGAAGUGGGACAGCAGAGCACCCAGGUCUUCAGGGGUCGGGCAACUGAAUGGAAGUUUGUGUUGGUGAAUAAAUUAAUCCGAGACCAGACCAGAGAGAUGGGAUUGUUUGAAGUUUGUUUUUGUGUGCGGUGUUAUAAUAGUGUUUGACAACCGACAAGGAUUAUGUGUUGCUGAUAGUGAAUUCCAACGUUUCAAAAUGUUUGCCGUGCGUAUAAUAUAUAUGAUGAAAACAGGGGGGCAAUCUGUUUCAGUUUCAACGUAGAGAUGUUCCAGAAUAUGAUUUGUGCAGUUCGUCAAAUAUUUGGGUCA